CGAGCACGACCGGAAGCCGCCUUUGUUGUUCUUCCUUCUGUUUCCGAGACGUUCAGGGUCUACACGGGUUCAAGAGGGGCGUCUGCAUGUCGCUGCCAAUUCUCCCUAUAAACCGUCGUCUACCGCCUCCGAAUGAAGAUUAACAGGUAUGCCAAAGGAAAAAUAUGAUCCUCCAGAUCCCCGCAGAUGUUACACCAUCAUGUCAGCCGAGGAGGCGGCUAGUGGGAAGAAGUCUCACUGGAACGAGCUCGAGAUAACUGGGCGGGUGAGGAGUCUGAGCAGCUCAUUAUGGACCCUUACGCACCUGACGGCUCUCCACAUCAACGACAACAACCUGAGCCGCAUCCCGCCGGACAUCGCCAAGCUGCCCAACCUGGUCUACCUGAACCUGUCGUCCAAUAAGCUCCGCAGUCUGCCCGCCGAACUGGGCAACAUGGUCUCUCUCAGGGAAUUGCUUUUAAACAACAAUCUUUUACGGGUUCUGCCUUAUGAACUUGGUCGUCUUUUCCAGCUUCAAACUCUGGGACUAAAAGGAAAUCCGUUAUCCCAAGACAUCCUGAAUCUCUACCAGGAGCCAGACGGAACCAGAAAGCUUUUGAACUACAUGCUCGACAAUCUGGCAGUUCACCCGGAGCAGCUCCCACAAAGGCCGUGGAUCACUCUGAAGGAGCGAGACCAAAUGGUCCCUGCAGCUGUGUUCACAGUCAUGUGCUACAACGUUCUAUGCGACAAGUACGCCACGCGGCAGCUGUACGGCUACUGUCCGUCCUGGGCCCUGAACUGGGAGUACCGAAAGAAAGGCAUCAUGGAGGAAAUCACCAGCUGUGACGCAGACAUCAUCAGCCUGCAGGAGGUGGAGACCGAGCAGUACUACACACUGUUUCUGGAAACACUAAAGGAUCGCGGCUACGACGGAUACUUCUGCCCGAAAUCCCGUGCCAAACUGGUUUCUGAACAGGAGCGAAAACACGUAGACGGCUGCGCUGUCUUCUUCAAGACCGAAAAGUUUACUUUGGUCCAGAAACACACCGUGGAGUUCAACCAGGUGGCCAUGGCUAACUCUGAGGGGUCAGAGGUCAUGCUGAACAGAGUGAUGACCAAGGACAAUAUCGGCGUGGCUGUUCUGCUGGAGGUCAACAAGGAAAUGUUCUCCACCGGCAUGAAGCCCCCCCAGGAGAGGCAGCUCCUCCUAGUGGCCAACGCCCACAUGCACUGGGACCCCGAGUACUCGGACGUCAAGUUGAUCCAAACCAUGAUGUUUCUGUCAGAGCUGAAGAGCAUCGCCGAGAGAGCCUCGGGCUCCGUGACGACGGGCUCGCCGACCUCUGACCCAUCAUCCAUCCCCAUCGUCCUGUGCGCCGACCUCAACUCGCUGCCCGACUCCGGUGUGGUGGAGUACCUGAGCAACGGCGGCGUGGCCGAAAACCACAAGGACUUCAAGGAGCUGCGCUACAGCGAGUGUCUGACCAACUUCAACUGCAACGGCAAGAACGGCAACUCGGACGGGAGCAUCACACACAGCUUCCAGCUGAAGAGCGCCUACGACAGCAACCUGAUGCCUUACACCAACUACACCUACGACUUCAAGGGUGUCAUCGACUACAUCUUCUUCUCCAAGAUACACAUGAGCGUCCUGGGUGUCCUUGGACCACUGGACAGCCAUUGGCUCAUUGACAACAACAUCACCGGCUGCCCCCACCCCCACAUCCCCUCGGACCACUUCUCCCUGCUGGCCCAGCUGGAACUGCACCCUCCCCUAUCCCACCCGCUGACCCCCCUCAACGGGCUGCACCUGCCGGUCCACAGGUAGUGCAGCCUGAGAACCCCCCCCACUUCUACCAACACCUCUAACCUCACCUACUCAGCUUUUAAACACUGCCCCCCCUCCCUCCCUUGGACCCUGUACAGUUCACCCACACUUAGACUCACCAAGAAGGAGUGAAGUAUUUGCCCCUUUUUUCGCCCCUUUUCCUACUUUUUGCACAGUUUGUUUCCUUGGUUUAUUUCCUCCCUUUAAUCAAAGCUCGAUACCAAAAAUGUAGGUUUGGGAGGAAACUGUUAAAGUUUCCUCCAAAGUCAGUCCUUUGCCUUAGAUUCGAUUGUCACGGCGACGCAAAAUGACCAUCUUUUUAAAAGCUAGAUUUCCCAGUUAAACCGUAUCGGCACACAACAUUGCUUUUCUUCCACUUUGUUUUUUUCCUUUUUCAAACUUUGAUCAAAUAAAUCUUUUUAAGUCAUAGUUUAAAAGCCAUUACACAACUUUUUUUUUCAUGCUAUAAUCUUUUGAAGAAGCAGAUUGGUUUCUGCUUCAGUCAUACGAUAAAUAGCAGAAUUUCUGAACGUUACAUGAGGAGUUUAAAAAGUUUAUUGGUAUUUUGUUGAUUUAUGAGCCAAGACAUGCCGAAAGAUGUAAUUUGAUGAAAUGUGAGUAAAGUUCAGGAGUUUUUAAGAUGGAAAAAGUUCAUACUUUGUUUUUAAGAGUAGAAUCCAACGUAUGGGAGGCAGGAUUAUAAACCUUGGCACAUUUCCUAAACCUAAUCUGUCAUUUUGAGGGUUUCCAGCUGCUUAAACUUGGGUUUAUCUACCUGUUUCUCUCUUGUUUGCAUUCUAAUCUCUGGUCUGACAGCCAGUAAAUCUCUCCCUGAAUGAUGCCUCUCAGUGCUGCAUUAAUGUAAGCAAGCUUUUUCUCCCCCCCAACUAGAAAGAUUUAUUUCUCAUAAUCUGGGAUUAUCCCUUCCUUUUAUCAGUGGUACAUACUUCACUACCUGAGGAAAACAUCUGGGUUCUCCUCAGAGAAACAACACUUCUUACCAAACUAGUGGAAUAUAUAUUUUAUAUCUCCUGUUUUGUUUUUUGCUUUUCAAGUUAUUUCUGAUUGGCCAAAGAAUCUCUAAACGAGUGACAUACAAUCUGUCUGACAGGUGACUCCUGAACAGAAUGUAUUCACCCAGACUAAAACUAAAAGCCCUUUACGUCGGUCAGAUCUCAGGGCUUUCGCAGUACCUCUCACACUAACGACUAACGUGUCACUUUGUUUGAAUAAAACUACAAAACAAAAAAUGAUUGUUUUUUUUCCCUGGACAUUUCUAUAUAAGCACAGGUAAUGUUUGUUCUUGCACGGGUUCAUAUUUUUGUACAAUUCCUACGUCUUUGUGCAUUUUUAAUAAAAGAAAACUGCCGGUGCAAUUUUCUUUCUUUGCCAAAAAAAAACGCUUGUUAUCAGAUUGUGCACAAAAUUGUAAGUUAUUUAAAGAAAAAAUUGCCUUUAAACAGGCCAACUGAUUAGUUUGAAAGUUAGAGCUUAACAUUUCUGUCAAUUGACAACACAGCUCAGGCGUACGACCUGAAAAACUAGAGACCAGCCUUCAUUAUCAGUGCAGAUCACAUUUAAUAACACCCUUAUUAAAAAUGUUUAAAAUGCAUUUUUAUAUUAAUUCAUCUCUUAUUACAUAAACCUCAUAUAUCCAAAGUUUAACCAAAGAGAAAGAAUAAAAGAUGCCAAAUUGUUGAUACCUCUAAUGACUAAAUCAUGAACUUCUGUUUCUGGAGGUAUAAAUACGGUGUGACGCAAAAGCCAAUUUAAUUUAGCCAGGAAGCUUAAUGAGGAUUAAAGCCUCUAGAGAGCCGUGGGCAUCUUGGUGUCACCAAGUCUCCAAACAUCUGAUCCAGAUGUUCACUGAAGACAACAAAAAAAAGGGCUUGCAAGGGCCCAGGUUCUGCAUGUUUUAGGUGCUUUCCUAAUACGUGCUUUAUUAGUUGGCCCUGCAGACUUAAGACAUCCAGACUAGAGAAAUUGGUCAUUUUAAUCUGAUGUGUUAGAGAAGGAAUGAAUCUAACGUGCAGAAAAUUGAUACGGACCCCAUGGUCUGCCUGGAUGCUGUUUAGCAGAGAUUCUAGUUGAAUUAAAACACUUUUUUUUCUGUCUAACCAUCACAAACGUAAACAUGAAGGAUUAUCUCAAUUGAAACGAUGCGCAGAUUCUUGAUAGGAGGCAGGUUAUGCUUAACAAACACUACAGGUUUCAGAAUAUAGGGAGGAAUGCCUUCAUUGUAAAAGGUGAAGGUUGAUCCAGAACACGUGGCAGAAGAAAUGACCUGAUCUCAGACCUAAAACCCUCUGAGGAGAUGAAAAUAUCAGCGAGGACUAAAACCCAUCCCCCUGGUUAAAACGGGAUGUAUAAAGUAUUAAUAGGGGAUAAUAAGGUAAAUUGAGUUUUUUUUUUCUUAAUAUCUACACUAAGAGCAGAAAAAGGUUAUUUCCACUGCAGAUGGGUCUAAACUGUUGGAUCAUGUGAUAAAAUUAGAUGCACUGAUUGUUAAAAUUUUAUUCUCAGCCUGAGACCCGGCGACCAGUUUAAGUUUGGACCGUUCUGUUCAGCUUUCAUAUCCGACCCGACCCAGCCUCCCCUGGUUCCGGUGGAGGUCACCUGUGAGCAUGUCGAGGCCUUUACUUCACUCCUGAAUGACCUGGCAGUGAUUUUUUUCUACAGCAGCUUUAUGUAAACAAACUCUUUGGUGAUAAUGGGGGGUGUCUUCCACAUUCUGGCAUUAAAGGAGCCCUUUUCUCCUUCCUACUCAAAAACGUACGCGACGUUGGACAUUUUGUCUUUGUCCACGUGUUCCUGUAGAGGCCAAAUGUCGCUGGACACUUUCUGUCUCUAACAUACAGACUUUCAGAUUGGAACUUUGUACAAUUCAGUGUUACUGAGUUUUUUUUUCUGACAAAAAAAAGAAUCAACACAUAAAUGUUUGUAGGUUUAACCACAGUUUGUCGGCAUGGUUUUUAUUUCCACACACUCCUGCUUUGAGAUCUUUCAACCUUGUGAAAAACGUUAUUAUGACCUUUUGGAACUGGUCUUCAUCAACAGCUUUUCAGGCUCACUUUUUAAUUUUUGGAAACAUGUUAAUAUCGGUCCAGAAAAUGGCCCUUUUAUAAAGACCUUUUUAUUGUUUUAACCUGUAACCAAGGAAGGUCCACUUUAUUUUUAGAGCACAUUAAUUUAUUUUUGAAUAAGGAUUUUAAUAUAAAUCUAAAAUUUAAUUGGAUACAGUUUCAGAUUAUUUGAACUAGUUAAAUUGAAGCCUUAUAGGAGAUUAUUAUGAUUACAAGUUGUUUGAAAAUGAUGAGAAACGGCUUUCAUUUUGGCUCACUUGGAUAAAUUCAUAUCAUUUUUAUAUGUAUAGAAUAGAAUAGAAUAGAAAAUCCCUUUAUUGUCCCACAAUGGGGAAAUAGUGGUGUCACAGCAGCAUUACACCAAAGUUGGUCACACAAAUGUGGACCUUAGAAGUGUAUAAAAUAUACUGUCCUAUAAAGUAUUUUUACAAAUAUAAAUACGGUGCAGUAAUCUGAAGAAUAAAUAAUCAAUAUACAGCUCUGGACAUUUUUACAGUAGUGGGAAAAUAGCAGCAGCACCAGCGAUGAUGCAAAAUGACAGCAGCAUGUUAUUUAAGUGACCAAGACAGGGAAUGCAAAGGCGAUAUGAAAAUUGUGAUCUUACAAAUUGUUUUAUUCUUGUGACAUUCAAUUUGUUUCCCCAUUUCUAUUUCUAUAUAAUUAAUGGAAAAACUUAAAUAUCCAACAAAUAUAACUGGAGUAAAUGAAAAAUGUAGGUUAAUGAUUUGUAGCAGAAGUCAAGACUUUAACUAGGUGCUUUAAAACAGUUUAGAGUCACAUCCACUGGUGUGGUAUUCUGAUAACGAGCAGAAUCGGCCUCUGACCAUCAAUCUGAUGAUGGUUUUCUGAGCUGCUCUGUUAGUUUCACACUUGAUGCAAUGAGACUGGAUUCUCUGUCUCAUUUGUUCUGGACCUGGGUCAGCUGGAGGCCGUCUCUUAGUGAUCUCUGCAGAGCAUUUGUGAGCUGGUAAAUGGUGCUUUGAUGAACUCCUGGAGUAAUUUUCACCACAGCUCUAUGUUUCUCCUAUUUAACUGUUCUCACUGUGCUUCACUGCCUCACAGAGUUUAUUUACUCUUUAAAUAUCAAUAGAUGUCUGUAAUUUGGCUUUAUAUGAACAAAGUUCCAGAAAAAAACUUUUACUAGACCUGGAAAACUGUUGAUGAAGAGUAUUUUACUUUUUGCAGAUAGUUUCAUCUUUAAACAUUUCCUGUCUAACCUUCGAUUAAACAAAUUAAAUCUGUUCCGUCUCUCUAUGGAAGACCUUUUCUAUUAACUCUGUGCCUAGUCUACAGAUUCUCCAACAGCAGCACUGCCCAUGAGAUCAAGGCCCACAGAGAUUCCCUGUCUUCAACCUUUUUCAUCACCUUUUAUUUACAGCGUUCACAAACAUCAGCAACCGCUUUGAUUGUAAGAUCCCAGUCCGCCGCCUCCCCGGCUCUGAUUGGUGAAUCUGUCUCCACUGGUUCAUUUACCAAUGUGUUUUUAACAUUGCAUUUUGUGGCUCAUUAAAAGGUUGAUAAACGCUGAAA